AUGCCUCCCGCGGGCUUGGCAUGCCCCUCGGGACGGCAGCAGCGCCCGAGCGGACUCACCCCUCAAGAGCUACGCCUUGGCUUCAUGGAGAGAGGGGAGGGAGAGCGCCGGGAGCGCCUGGCCUCCUUCCUCGCCUGCUCCACGGUCGCGCAGCUCGAGGCGAACCCUGGCCCCCUGCUCGCUCGCCUGGGCUCUGCUGCCGCCGCCGCUCCUGCUGCCCAGCUGCUAAUCGCUGCUGAAGAAUCCGUUUUCUGUCAUCUCUUCUCAAACGACAGCCUGAAUCGUGCUUCCAAGAUGAACGGAUCCGUGCACCAGCUGAACUCUUCUGGCAGCGGUGAAAGCAACAGUUGGCAGCUAGUGCCCAUCAUAAUUCCCCUAGUGUAUUCGCUGAUUUUCCUUGUGGGCACAGUGGGCAACUCUCUGGUGCUAGCAGUGCUGCUGAGGAACAGGCAAGUCACCAAUACCACCAAUCUCUUCAUCCUCAAUCUGGGAGUGGCCGACCUAUGCUUUAUUGUCUUCUGUGUGCCCUUCCAGGCCACCAUCUAUACCCUGGAUGACUGGAUCUUCGGGCCCUACAUGUGCAAAGCUGUGCAUUUCUUCAUCUAUUUGACCAUGUAUGCAAGCAGCUUCACCCUCACAACUGUAUCCCUGGACAGGUACUUGGCCAUAAGGUACCCGUUGCAUUCAAGAGAACUAAGAACACCCAGGAACGCUCUCAUAGCCAUUUGUCUCAUCUGGGGUCUUUCCUUCAUUUUUUCUGGACCAUAUCUGAGUUACUACCGGGAAUUCCAGAUAGCCAACGUUACUGUCUGCCAUCCCAUCUGGAAAAUCUCUAAGCGCAAAGUCAUGGACCUCUGCACUUUUGUCUUUAGCUAUGUCAUUCCGGUGUUAAUUUUGAGCUUCACCUAUGUGAGGACCAUCCGUUAUCUCUGGACCUCUGUGGAUCCCAUUGAAGACAUGUCUGAUUCCAAGAAGGCCAAGCACAAGGUCACUCGAAUGAUCGUUAUCGUGGCUGUUCUCUUCUGCAUUUGCUGGCUCCCCCAUCACCUCGUUAUCCUCUGCUUUUGGUUUGGCUAUUUCCCACUGAACAAUUCCACCUAUGUGCUUAGGAUCCUCUCGCACCUGAUUUCAUAUGCCAACUCCUGUGUCAACCCUAUUGUCUAUGCUUUGGUAUCCAAGCACUUUCGUAAGGGAUUCAAGAAGAUUUUUAGCUGCCUCUUGCACAAAAGAGUCGCCAACAAGGUCCAUGUGGCACAGGUGACCCACACUGUUAGUACCUUGGAAGCAGAUCUGACUGAGGUCACCCAUGUCAGUGAUCCCACAUAUGCCAGGACAUCUUCCUGCUGUCAGUUUCCUGUCCAAACAUGGAGUGAGACAGAACAUCCAAGACGACAAAAGAAAGCUGUCAAUUCGUUCAUCACCUUUAAUGUCACUUAGGCCUUUCACCUGGCUCUAAUCGAGGGAGGAAUCCUUCUUGAACAUCAUUGUGGUUGAGUUUGUAUGAAUUAAAGAACAUAAUAUGGAAUUCUAAAAAGAGUAAGAGUAGCCAGAUGGCUCGUGCCAAUUAUCCAUAUGCUUCGUUGUCCAUGGCUCUUAAAAGUGGCCUCUAUUAGAAGCUUCAAAAGGUAGCGUGGGUGUUUGAUUUCCCUAGAUGUCUGAAUGCUUCCAACCAAAAUAAUAACAAAUUAGGUAGCAGUUAUUGAAGCACCGACGCUGUAGAAUCCAUUUUAUGGUAAAACAAGCAGGGAUGUAUUUUGUAUCUGUCAGCUUGUGGCGAUAGCACUAUAUAUGCCUUCCCCUAGCCAAGAAUUUGAAAUGAUCUGGGAUGUGA